UUAAAAUACACGUGUAAAUGGAUGACAUUGUGCGCCACCUUGGUGGAAGAUAGAGCUGAAUUGAGGAUACUACUUUUAAUUGCCAUGGCUUCAUCCUGUACACGGCUGUGUCUACGAUGCAGAAGCCGUCUUUGCUCCAAGACAGUGGCUAGUACUUGGCAGUAUUACACUCAAGUUCGCAAUUGCAUUAGAGUUACAAGGGUACCCACCCAAAUACUGGAUGGAUCCUCAGUGAUUAAGGGAAAUCACAUAAUGAAUCAGGCAAGACAAUGUAAUCAACAGAUGUUCCGUUACAGCGACUUAGCUGCCAAACAUUUGGCAACAGAGGCUAAGGGCGACAUAGGUGUUGAAGAAACAUCUGGGGCUGAUGUUGUCGCGUACAAGAGCACCCUGUUGCCAAUCAGAGAUGCUGUGCUGGAAAGUCAGGUGUCACUAGAUCUGGAUGCAGCUGCUGACAUUUCAGCAUUAGAGGUGAUCAGUGAUGAAGAGGCUGUCAGUAUAUCAUUUCCUUCUGCCUUGCCUCCUGUCUCUGCCUCUCUAAGAGACUAUGUUGACCAGUCUGAGACUCUCAGCAAACUGGUACAGCUAGGUGUAAGCCUGUGGAAGCUUGAACAGAGGCCAAACGUGGGAUCCAUGCUACUUAGGCUCAACUUCAACACAGACGUGGCCCCAAGGCUGCUGUUCCUCAAAGAGAUCGGGGUGGAAGACUCUCGCUUUGGCUAUAUAAUCACGCACAAUCCCUUCUUUCUCACUGAGAGUUUGGAAAACCUACAGUCCAGGGUGAAUUAUCUCAAGUCAAAGAAGUUCAGUUCUGAGACUGUUGCGUCCAUGGUGUCCAGAGCUCCGUAUCUGCUUAACUUCAGUGUGAAGAGACUGGACAACAGACUGGGUUUCUAUCAGGAGCAACUCCACCUCAGUGCUUCUAAUACACGCAACAUUGUAGGUCGUCUACCUAGAUUACUGUGUGGAAGUUUGGAGCCUGUGAAAGAAAAUUUAAAGGUGUGCGAAAUGGAGCUUGGCUUUAAGAAAAAUGAGAUCCAACAAAUAGUCCUUGCUGUCCCAAAAGUGCUGACUGCCAAUAAAAGCAAGCUAAUCCAAAUAUUUGACUUCGUCCACAAUAUCAUGAAGGUGCCCCACUACAUGAUUGCCAAGUUUCCACAGGUCCUCAAUUCCAAGUACUUGCGUGUCAGAGAGCGCCACCUGUUCCUCGAGUACCUUGGAAAAGCUCAGUAUGAUCCAACUCUGCCCAACUACAUCUCCCUGGACCGCCUGGUGUCGGUGCCUGAUGAGACUUUUUGCACCGAGUUUGCUUUGGCUACACUGGAAGAUUUUUAUUUGUUCCAAAAGACACUUUAAUUCUUCAUCAAGGGACAUUAUAAAGGACUUCAGAAGAAAAGCACACCGAAUAUAUAUCAUGUCAGACAUGCAGACAUUCAAGGCUUUAAUACACCGGUUGAGUUGGAAAUGCAAUGUUUGCUUUGUAAUGUGAUGUUCAAUAAAUGCUCAUAAUGCAUAUCUGA